GGGACAAAUCAUAUUUUUCCCAGGAUGGGGGGGUCGUGUCCCCCCCGUCCCCCCCGGGAUUUCCGCCCCUGGGCAGAGACAAAAGUGUAACCUAUGCCAACUUUUAUAAUAGGAACCGAUCUUACAGCUUUCCUUAUAGAUGUGAUCUCCGGUUGUUUGGAAUAGCCUGCUGCGCACAGUUGUUCACUCUGCUGCAACCAGUGUCCACCCUUUCUCUACUCAGGCUGUAGUUGAAUACUAAGAAAGCCAUGGCUGUCCAGCAGCAGAUCACCACUGUAACCACCACCAAGAGCUCAGGACAAUGGAGCACAGGACUGUUUGACUGCUGCUCUGACAUGGGCACAUGUUGCUGUGCCACGUGGUGCUUCCCCUGUUUUCAGUGUCAGACGGCCUCCCACUACGGCUGGUGUUUCUGCAUGCCCCUGCUGGACCCAUGUGCCUUUAUGGCUGUCUCCUGCUGCAUGCGAUCCUCCAUGAGAGAACGCUAUGGCAUCCAGGGUUCGACCUGUGUGGAUGUCGGGUUGGUGUGUUGCUGCUACGCUUGUACCUGGUGCCAGAUGGCUCGUGAGGUUAAGACUCGGACCACAUCAGGCAACCAGCAGGUUCACGUGGUCACCCAACAGCUUCACGUGGCUUAGGACCCAGAAAAGAGAGUGGUGGCUAGAUGGCAAAGCAAGAAGUGCAAUUUCAUCAGAAAUGUUGAGCAAGUGCUUUAACUUUUUGCUCCUUAUCUUGUGUGACGGUUAACAUAGUGUGUACUGUUUGCAUUUAUUGUUUGAAAAAUAACACAAUUCCAUAAUUUUGCUAUCAUAGCUGAAUAGUGACGUCCAAGAAAGAGGGCCAUACAUAUAAUACCACUCCAAUAUAUAGCAACCAUACUGUGUGUUGAAUGUACUGUAUACUUCAGAUGUGUCUUUAGGAGAGAAAUAUUAUACCAUUAUUAAUGUCUUAAUAACCAUUGAAUGUUCAUGUCAGGCUUAAAACAUUUUAAACAGCUUACCAUGUACUUGCCCUUCUUGUGCACUUGCCUUUUCUUACUAGUCCUGACUUUGCUGAAAGCUGCUCCAUCGAGGAAAGGUUUGCUUACAAUGACUGUGAUAUGUGGUUGUCUUACCUAGCUACCUUAAGAUUAAUGAUAUGUGGUUGUCUUACCUAGCUACCUUAAGAUUAAUGCUCUGGAUAAGUGUGCCUGCUAAAUGACUAAAUGUGUAACCCAUGAUUCAAAUGUCAACCAUAUUUCAGUUGAAUGUUCUUAUGUAUAAAUAUAUGCCAUUUAGCAAACGCUUUUAUCCAAAGCGAGUUACAGUUUUGCGUGCAUACAUUGAUUGUUUGGGUGGUCCCAGGAUUCAAACCCACUAUCCUGGUGUUGCAAGUGCCAUGCUCUACCAAAUGAUCUACAGAGGACCACUCGUUUCCAGUUGAUUUCAUUGCUUUCUUCUUGAUUUGAUCUGCUUGGUCCAUAUGUGUUUUUAAAUAAAGCCUUUACCUGUCUUA